AUUAUAUCUUAUUGUUUUGGGCUGCGUUGCUCUGAUCCUGAUUCUGAUGUUCAUCACCGUAUGUUACAUUUACAAAAGGAAGCAGCUCAAGUGGACACCAGCCGCUGCUGGAGGUACAGAGCUCAUAUACGCUGAUAUCUCUCUUGAGGAAAAGGGUGAAAAGAAGAAUACAGAAGUUCCCCCUUAUGUUGAUGUGGAAUAUGCCAUGGUCAAACUGCAGACAAAGAGAAAGGAAGAGGAAGAGGUGGAAGAGGAGGGGGAGGUGGAAGAAAAUGAAGAAAAUAAGGAGGAGGUGGAAAAGAAGGAAGAGAAGGAGGAGGAAGAAUAUGAGGUGGUGGAAGAGAAGGAGCAGGAAGAGGUGGAAGAGGAGGAGGAGGACGUGAAAGAGAAGGAGGAGGAAGAAAAGGAGGUGGGAGAGGAGCUUCAGUAUGGUGAGGUGACGUUCACACCAAACCACUCCCACAAUCCACAGGAACUUCAGAAUCAGUGUGUUUUCUAGGGAUGAAACAAUUCAUGGUAAAAAUAAAAUGAAAAAUCAAACCAUAUGGUUCAGCACGCACUCGUACCACAGUUCAACUUUAAUCUGACAAGGCAUCUGUAAUAUGGUUUGGUAAAAAUUUAAAAGUUUGGCCAAUGUUUCUGUCAAUGGAUAGCCAUUGUGGCUUCCCAUUACAUUACAACAUCAAUGAUGAAAAAAAGGAGAAAAAAAAAACAUGGACAAGUCUAUCACUCUUUGUUAAAUGUGAAUGCUGUCUGCUGGAAUAUGAACAGUCACUGAUGCUGUCAUCACCCGGGUGUUGAUAGUGAGAAGUGAGACCUGAAGGACACACAUUGCUGUCUUUGAUUAAACUAAACUCAUUUAAGCCUUGACAGUUUAAAUAUUAAAGAGCCAGAAGUUGAUAUGGAUUGAAUAGAGUGAGCUUUAACAUACAUGUCUGGCCUGAACCAUGGGUUCAGACAGGAACCACUUUGGCAAGUUUACUUGAGUUUUUUGAACACAAUUUAUCUUCGGCAGUAUGGUUCCUUAUGUGGGUUCUUGCUCCCAGAAUAAUUGAACAUACAAGAGCUUUGACAUUAACCCCACAGAUAUGCUCAUGCUUAUAAUGGGAAGGGAGGGUUGCGAGACAUUAGGGCUGUGCAAAAAAAUCGAAAAAAUCUUAUCUGUAAAGACGCUCCUGUAAUUAGAAGUAUAUCUCCAGCACGUGUGUUCAGAUCAGGGUUGCCAGGUUUUCACAACAAAUCCUGCCCAGUUGCUUCUUAAAACUAGUCCAAAACUAGCCCAAUCGCGUUUCCGGGAGGAUCCCCGAUAAAAAUAGCUUCCCGGGGUUAAAAUAAAUUUUUUUUGGAAGGGUUACCCUGGUAAAAUUCGAAUUUAAGGUGCUAAAUAUCACGUUAUUGGUAUUGGGGUUGCUUCUAACUGCGGACAUGAAAAACAAUCGCAGACUUGGCAAGGGGUGUUCUCUCUCUUUUUUUUUUUACAUAGCAGCAAGGGUGUCCUCAUCCAGCUGCCUAAAAUCGGAUGCAUCCAGUACUUCUCCCUAGUGAUUCCCGAUGGUUUCAGAUGGUUUCACUUCCAAAGACAUUUCAGUUUUCAGCAAUGGCAGGACUGGCACAUGAUGCUGGACAAUAGAUAAACCUCACAAGCAAGCAGUCCCAUAUCUUGAAACUUUAAGCAAGGACCUUCUUAGUGUGUGGAGUGGGCGGUAUCGCCUAUGGAAAUAGGAGAAGCGAAGGGUGCUCUUUUAACCAGCUAAAAGAUCAGCAUGCACCUGUAAAGCAGUACUCCAUAUGGUCAGAACUUUAAUUUAGGCAACAGCAUAAGCCCUUUUCGGAUAAGUUUUAUCACCGAUACGAGCAAAAUUGAUGAUCUGUACAUUUAGUAUCAAGCACUUGAUCGAUACACUAGUUUAAGCAAAAGCAGAUCACUGAUUAAACCCAGUGUGUUGGAGUAGUCGUAUAAGUUUGAUGAAAGCCUUGACCACAGAGUAACAAGGCUUGUUGGUGUAUUUCACUGGUAGUGUUACCGAUGUGGUAAUAUGAUAGCAUGCCUCGCAACACACUGAACAAUUAGCUUGUACAGUAGCAAUGUCUGUGCAUGUUCGCCAAAAAAUAGCACUAGGCAAUAAAAUGAAAGAACUUUGCUUCACUUCCUGAAGAGAUCCAGAGAUGAAUUAAAGGUGAAAUUGCCAGUUGUUCAUGGAUGCUUGAUUUUGUUGAAUAUAUAGCUUCUUCCAGCGAGGAGCAAAUCUUGUGUAAAGUUUUGAGUUGGUCGCACGUUGACGGUGAAUCGUGUGCGAAGUAUCUAUAUCAAGAGCUCGCUCAUAUCUGUUCAGUCCAUUGAUUGACAAACAACACGGCAUGAACCUCGAAGAGGUGAUCGAUGUGCACAAGUGCUCAAAAGUCAUGAAAAUACAGCAAUUGGUGAUAUUGAAUUUUAAACAUUUGAAUGCAAUUAAAAUUCAGAAGUCACUGAAAAUCUGAGUUUUGCUAGACUGAGUUGUUGAAAGAUGUUUGUGAAGAGAGUUUAACAGUAAUAUGAGUCCAGUGUUCAAUUCCCAGAUAAAAUCUUUAUUGCUUGAAUUCACAGUAAGAUGUAUUAAAAAGCACCUUCUAAAAGCAGAAAUAGAAAUGCACUCUAUGAAUCUUUGCUGCUUUCCGUGAAAAUUAGUGUUGAUUAAAAUUAUAUUUUUUGUUUCAUUUAAAAAUUAUGUAUUUAUAUUAUAACCCAGCUCUUUAUAUAAUGUUCAAUGUAUACUGUAAAAAAAGUAUUUGUGAAAAUUGUAAAUACAAGGAUUAUUGGAGUAUGUUUUUAAAGAAAAACACAUUUCAGUGUUUCUACUU